UAUAUAGAGAGAGGGGUUGGUGAAGGCAUAUAAUCUUAUAUCAUAUGUAACUCAAGUCAUCAGUGGGUAGCAUCAAGAUUUGAGAGACAAUUACAAAGUCUAAAUCCUCUCUAAGUUCCAAGAAUACAAAGGUUUCUCUAGAUUAACUAGGAUGUCAAAAUCUCAACUUCUCCUCCUAUUCCUCUACCUUCUUUCAUCUGCCCACCUCUUCCAUCCUUCUUCAGCUGAUGUUGGCACUGCAAGCCAAUACAACCCUCCAUACACCCCCACAGCUUGUUUUGGGAGUGAUAACUCUCAAUUCCCAUCAAGCAAUUUGUUUGCAGCAGCAGGGGAAGGGGUUUGGGACAACGGUGCGGCCUGCGGGAGGCAGUACUUGGUGAGGUGCAUUAGUGCGGUAGCGCCCAAGACUUGUGUUCCCGACAAAACUAUUCAGGUCAGGAUUGUUGAUAGAGCACAAACUUCAGCUUCUAGGCCUGCAAAAGGGGGCACCACCAUCGUUCUUUCCAACACAGCUUUUGGUACUAUUGCCAAUCCGGGAGCUGCUUUCAUCAACAUAGAAUUUCAACAGGUAUAAAUAGGAUUGGAGACUCAUUCAACAGAAUAUAGCAGGAAACUGAUAUGUUUUCUUUCUCUUUUUUUCAAGUUUAUUACUUUUCCUCCGCAUAGUUGUAAUUAAGGGGACUAGUUAUAUUAUAUGUAUUUUGCAGACUCGUUAUUGGCAAGGGGUAUCUUCCAUGGCCUUCAUCCUC